AUUUUUUUUGUUAUGAGUUCAUAAGACAAAAAAUGUAGACACUUUAUAUAAAUAGACUUUUAGUAGACGGUGUUGCUGUCUAAAUGCAAAUAAAUCCCAUGCAUCACAUCAUAAAUCAGAGCCCACCGUGAUGUAAACAUCACACUGAUUUAAACAAUAGCAGGGAUGAUGUGAUUACCUUGCCCCUUUGAGUAUACAGAGAGCAUGUGCUGCCCUCCCUCUCUCUCAAACACACACACAAAGCUUCAGGCACUGAUUCUUAACAGCAGGGAUGCAUGGGUAGCCAGAACAUUCCUUCAGCACUGAUGUGGCGUUGUGUCAACACGAUCAUAUUACUGCGCUAACCUCACACACACACACACCGAGGCCGGGAUGCAGGGCUGUUGGCUGAAGUCAGUAUAAUUUUUCUCUUAGUUUAUCUGUCUAACACCGUUACACUCUCUGCUUGCAGUACAGACAUGGUGCAACUCUUUUUUUUCUCUUUCCCUCCGAGUUGGAAAUAACCUAGACAAGCUGAGCAGCCACAGAGCUCUUGGCAAGCGGGAAGGGUGUUCCUACUUCUCUUUUUUCCCCUUUCAUUUUUUUCCUAAUUUCCCCAGGCUUUGUAUAUGUGUGCGAGACAUGUUUGGAUGGAUGUUUUACCUCCUCGACUGGGUGUUGCCUACAUUUUCUGUCUGAGCGUGUGAGAAUAAAAGAGACUACCUAAUGACCUAGAUUACAGUCUGCAGGAUGUGUUCAGAUCACCAAUGCAACAUUUUGAUUCUUAAAUAAACCUCCUCUGUCUCGCUGAUAGAUUCAGGUCAAGCUUUAACCCAAACUGUUGAAUGGAAGUCCUGCACCCUGAGAAGGACACAUAUGGUUUAAAUGCUUCCAGCACCCAGACAGAAAGCAAUUUCUGAGCAGAUGGAUGAUAGCUCCUGGAGAAGUGUGACUGAGGUGAAACUAUGGCUUUGGUCCUAUCAAUGAACCCCUUUUGUGAGCCUGAAUCUGAAGCCCCGCCGUCAAUCUACCAACCGAUCUGGGAUUCUGAGCAUUGCAGUAAAAACUGUAUCUCCAUCUCCUCACCGCAAGGGGGUGACACCCAAGGGCUCAUUGAAGAGGCCCAUUACAGACGAGCUCCUGAUCAUGUGAUGAAUCGGGUGGCCCUGUCACGGAUCUCUUAUUUCAAGAGGAAGUUUGUGGAGGAUGAAGAACCUGCACUGAGCCUCAGGAGUUACUGUCACACUCAGGUGUCACCAGUCUUGGAGGAGCGCGCACACAUUCUCCGUCUUUCUCUCGAGAAGCUGCGUUUCAUGGAUGACCCCGAGUCCUUCUUACGGCGCUCCGUGCUCAUCAACAACCUUCUCCGUCGUCUCAGAAACGAAAUCCUCCUCCAGAGUGAAUGGUGCUUCCCAUCAGGUUCCACAGCAACACCUUGUCCCCUCCAAACCCCUGCCACAAAUACCCCUCUUCCCCCUCCUGCCCUGCAGCCUUGCAUUACGCCGCCCGGGCCGUACCGCAAACGCCUGCGUCUGCUGAGGCGGGAAGGUCCAGAGUGUGUCCCAGCCUGCUGCUGUUUAUACGCAGCCGGCCGUUACCUCCAGCUCCCCCUGUCUGUGUACGAACGGGACGUAUACUCCAAUUCUCACCCUUCUUCUUCAUCAUCGACUUCGGUAAGAUUUCCACAGCUGCUGGAGGAGGAGGAUGAGGAGGAGGACAGUGAUGAAGAAGAGGACUCUGUGUGUCCUAUGUUGGCUCUGUGUCAAGCUGAAACCAGAGAGCAGAACAGGGCGUGGGAUGGUCUGCAGAGCCACAGGGAAGACAAGACCCUGGAGAAAGAGAGAGUAAAGGGGAAGGAGAGGGUUAGAGGAGGGGAGGUUUCACAGCGAUGGCUUUCAGACGCUAUAGGUUCUGGACACCAUGGGGCUCUCGCCAGGGCACACGUGAGGGGAAAAUAACAACAGAACACUUGCUGUGGAAACAAAGGAAGAAACUGGUUUCCAGCAGCCUUAUAGAUCCAUUAUACGAACCAGAAUAUCAACGUUUUUUUUAAUUUUUAGGUACUUUUUGUACUUCUGGAUUACGCAACACCACAAAUCAAAAGGGACAGUGAACUCACAUAUUGCUUGUCUUUUGCGGAAACUACCAUACUGUGCCUUAAAUGUUCUUGUUUAAUCUGUUUGAUGUUUUCGUGGAUAUUUGUGACUGAACCAAUCCACAAAGAAGUAUGGAAGCUUAUUUCCAUAAACAAUUCUGAGAAGAAAAAGUGAAUUGCAAGGUAAUUAAAAAACAGAAUUGUAAAAUAAAAAGUCACAAUAAUCUUUUUAAUUUUUUUAUUUCAUGGCAGAAAAAAAAUUGUGAGGUAUAAAUUCAGAAUUCUAAUUUAAAAAAGUCAGAAUUGUGAGAUAUAAACACCGAAAUGUGAGAAAGUAGGAAUUCGGAGUUUAUAUCCUGCAGUUCUGACUGUUUUCUAAAAAUUACAAGUUUAUAUCUCACAAUUCUGUUUAUAUCUUGCAAUUCUGCAAUUUUAUUUAUUCCGUAGCAGAAAUGGCCUUUCAUAGUGAUAGGCACCAUGUGAAAAAAGAUUCACAAUCAUUCAGAAUUUGUAAAGAAAAAAAUUAUAAUAAUUAAAAAAAAAUUCUAAAUUUAAUUUUGUUACUACCAUAGUCACUUGCGAAAUGCAUGACCUGGGUUGCAGUCCAUGACGAUCAUCACGUUUACAUGCAGUGUAUUUUAGCCAGAAUGCAUGAGGCCCUGAAGGUGGCCAUAAUGUUCAAUACAAUUCUAUUCCAUUUAGCACCCUUAAUAUUUCAUAUAUUUACAUAUUCAGAAGACAAACGUCCUAAUUGAUACCAGCUGACAGAGAUCACGGAUACAGUUACCUCAGUGUCCAUAUUAAUCUGUUGUUUUGAGGUCCACUGAUCCAAGUGAUUAUUUGUACGAAAGAGGGAAUCUUCAUUCACUAUGAAAGUUUUUAUUUUCAUGCACUUUUUUAUAUUGUUUGUGUUUCCUCUGCAUUUAUUUUAUUUCUAAAAACACAUAAUGGGAGAACCUCAGACAUGAGCACAACUUAUACAGGCAACAAUGCUGGUAGGAAAUGAAAUAAAAUCUUAAUCAUUGUUCGGGUUUGAUUGUGUGUGUGUUUUUGUGUAAUGUGUUAAGAAUAAAGAAAUGAUCUCAAGCUCA